AUGCAUUCAAUACAAUACACAUUUCACGAUCUUCGUUACAAAGUUGAAUACUAUAAAACGCGAUAUAAACAAAGAUACUAUAGUAAUGAUAGAAACCCGAGAGUUAUUCAAACGAAGCUAAAAAACCAACGGCUUCUCUCUCUAAGAACCCAACCUCACGAUAAAUACUUCAUAAAACCCGGUGAAUUUUUGGCUUUAGUCCCAAAAAAAUUGGACAGAAAUGUUAACCAAAUAAUUGAAGUGGACACUUCAAGAUACCUAAAGUCACAGUUUUUGAAGCAGAGAGAUUUGUUCAAAGGGUAUGAUGAUAAUGCCUUGACGGAAAAUUCCUAUUCAGGGUUCCAUAUGGAACAAGACAAAUAUAGAAAUAUUCGCAGCUAUUCAGGUUCACUCCGUUUGUACACUCCAACCACUGAUAUACCAGAUACUUACAAGCAUAAUACAAAACUAGCAAACCAUCAGAGAUCUCUGCUUUCCCUUUUGGAUACUGUUGAGCCAAAUAGCCUGGAGUAUAUCUAUUCCAAUGGACAGCAUGGUUUUGAUCCAUCUUGGAAUGCAUCACCAUUGAUAGACUUAAAUUCUAUUUCUUCAGAUAUUAAUGAAACUCCCUUAGCCAACCAUAGCAGUCAUUAUCUAGAUAGAACUGCCACUUCUUCAUCUAGCAACCUCUUUGACUUUGAAAAUGUAAAAGUUUCUCCAAUUGGUACCUCUGGAAUUCCUUCUAUCGCGUCAAAGAUGCAAAAUUCUAGUUCUAGACGGAAUUGCUCUAUCAAUACUGACAAUCACAGAACAAGAGUUCAGAACUCAUGGAAGUUGGUUCUUAAUGCUAUCUCGUUAUCUGCAGCAAAGGUAUCAGUUGGACUAUCACCGAAAUCAAUCCACGAUUUUGAAAAUUUAACCCCUGAUUUCAUAAAUGCAAAAUCUGCAGAAUACAAAACUAUUUCAACCAAGAGGAUGUACAACUCAGAAGGCACAUUUAAAGUAAAAGAGCGUUCGAACUUACACAACUAUUCCAUACAACAAAACAGAUUCAUUGAUGGAAAUAUUCAGAAAUACCCAACGAUUAGCGACUCAAUUUCUCAAAGUCAUUAUUAUAAUGAAAGUGGUUUCGUGUCAAUAUAUAAUUAUAAUUCCGAUAAUGAAUCGUCAUUUUAA